UCGCCAUGCAUUGUGACUGAAAAACAAAAACAAUCGAGGAUUGGACGAAAACACUGCUGUGUUUCAAAAUAAGAAUACUCCAGGAUAGAGCUAAAGCACUUAAAACAGAGAGGAGACGUGUACAGGGAUUGUGACAACCAAGAUAAUCGAGGACAGAGAUCGCAGCUCUGUCAGAAGGAUAUAUCUGUUGGCCAUCUUCAUCGUGAUACUACCACCAUUUGUCCUUGGCAACAAGACCAACAAAAUCUCCAUCAUGACACUACCAACAGGCUUCAGUUUAUUCAUAACUUGGAUCGUGACUUUCUCUGGAUUUAUUUGUGAAGAUUAUCAAAACUCCUUCUGGUAUUCCCGUUACGGCCUGGUCAGUUAUGGACGGCCGGUGUCCGAAGGGACCUACCAGGGCUCGCUUAGUCGACUGGCGUGCUCGCGAGUCUGUUCUGAAACCGCUUCCUGCAAGUCAUUCCAGCACUCUGGUGCAGACGGAAACGAUAAACCGAGCUGCUACACCUUCACCAGUUACACCCACUCCAGACGGAUGGUUCCUCUCUUACAAACCAACUACUAUGAAAAGAGAACUUGCAUGGACCUGUUUGAAACGUCCGCCGCCGUGUUCUUUGCGGAUGUUGAAGAUAUGUUUCUGUUCCGCGGGUCGACUAUGACGCGGAUUGGUAUCUCCCUGUUGAACGACGAGUACAGCCUCAACAUUUACUGGCAGGGGCCCGUAUCAGCCGUCUUCCCAGGAUUCCACGCGGAUGUUGACGGAGCAACCGAGUACUAUGGAGACAACACGAUGCUAAUUUCUGGAAAUUCAGUUUUGUGCUACAGUCGAAAUGGUCUUGACUUCACGUCUAUAUCUUGUCCAACAGACUUAAUAGCAGACUACUUCACCCAGUCCGGUUUUUCCGAUCUGGGCGCGAUUACAUCCAUGGACCUGACAUUUCGGGAUUUACACGUUUUUAGGAAUGAUGUCACGUAUCAUCUGUCGUAUGACGAAACCGAGGCCAAGUACGUGUAUAACGGAAGUCUGCAGAUGUCUGAUGGAAACAGCCGAUGGUCGCGAGCGCCGUACAGACUGUCAGCAGCGUGCAAUAUAGGAAGUGACUCGUACAUAAUGUUUGAAACGCACAAGCUUUAUUUCUACUUCGCAAGUCCCAGUAAGCGUGUAACCGCAAUACUCUACUGGUGUUUGCUCGUGUAGAUCCAGAGUCCUGCAUAGCUUAAAAUAAAUGUGAUAACAGUAAAAACAAAGAAACAAAACAAAAGGGACAAAUCUCCACCCAUAAAAAAUA